AUGCACAAAAAGAAUUCCAACAACCCAACUUCCUCGAUUCCUAUCGAGCCCCUUCCCGUCCAAGAUGGAGAUGUGAAAAGGGAAAGUGCCGACAUCAUCGAGACAGAUGCCAUGCCAGAAAAACAUAACCUCAACUCUUUCUUCCAUUCGUUUGUGUCGAGUAAACCUGUGAUGAUUUUGCCACACGUGUUCGCGAGUUGGGAAUAUCAUACAGCGAUCCUACUGCCGUACCCCAUCACUCCGUUCGUCCUUGCAGAUCAUCUUGGCGGUAAUGAAAACAAGGCAGAACGCAUCUUGAAAUAUGCUCUCACAGCGGAAGGAACCAACCUAUACAAUUUAUUUUCAGUGCAGCCGAGGAAUUUUCGUUACAGUGUCAUGAACAAGUCCAACGACGGUCGCAAGAUUGUACGCGCUUCUGAUAAUGUGGAUGCUAGCUUCUACAUGGUAGGACGGGUAACGCAUUGCAGUCUGGAGAACGGAGAAUACAACAAAGAGAUCAACAUUCAACCACUGGGAUCACCUUCUACCCCGAUUGUAUACAAAGAUGGAUUAACCAUUUCUUCCUACCAGAAACCCAUGGAAGGACAGAAAGAGCCAAAGGUUUCGACCGGUGCCAAUGAAUGGUCUGAUGUUCACAAAGUUCCCAUGUUUUUGGGCCAUUCGAAGUUUGCGUUGACGCAUUAUCCUGCUCUUCCCUUGGCAGAUAUCAAGUUUGGGGACUACGCGACAGUAAAGACUGCACAAGCACCUUUCGAUUCUUUCUAUGAAGAUUUUGGAGAUGAGACUCCUCUUGGAGUGGAUGACACUCAUGUAAUGGAAAGAUAUUCUGGUGACAUAACUGAUAUUCCUGUUUCUGUGCUACCUUCUGGUCCUGUAAUUAAAUGUGCAAUCCGAUAUAAAAUACCAUCCACUCAGUCUCCACCGACUUAUGCCGGUCCUGAUUCCGACCCUCCAAAAUGUCUCAUUCACAAGGAUGUCCUAUACUAUUGCGAGCCACUCAAAGCAGUUCUCACUUGCUAUUUGAACUACAAGCUGAAUCGAGACAUUCAAAUGAACACGAGUACAGAAAAAUAA